UCGACACAUGCGCAGUACAAUUUUUUCUAUACUCUUUACUAGACACCGUGUCAUCAACGGGACAUUCGCUGGGCAGGAAUGGAGAAGAAAAAUAGUGCAUCCACCAUUGCAACAUAGUUCAGAAGAUGCACCAAGAGAACAGGAAUCAAAAACGAUGUAGAGGGCAUGCUUUUGAGUUUGCUUGUCUUAUUUUUGAAUAUCUUUGAAUAUCGUAUUAUUUUUUUCACUCUUCACACACUCUUCUUCAACGACUGCUCAUUGUGCUCAGUACUGUGCGUAUUGCCACCUAGUGGACUCUUAUUUCCUGCUUGCGCAUGCACUGUUGCACGCGCACCGUCCGCGCAGCCUCGAAAUUUGGGCUGCACACAGACGGGGUGUGCGGCCGGCCGCGAGCCCUCCGCAUGACGAAAAUUACGUCUUGCGAACGGUGCACGAACGUGAACAGCUGAAGUAUACCCGGGGCUUAAAGCUUGCAGUGUGAAACAGGCGUUAGUCAGCCAAUGAACAAAAAAACUACCCGACGGCCGACCGUCCGCUUGGUGUGUUCCUGCCUUUAGUUUUGAUUUUGGUAAAAAUAACAUCCAUAUAUAAUGAAACUAAGUAUUGAGCUGUUUAGAUCAUUAUAUAAGAAAAGCAUGUUCAGUUUGUCAGAGUAAAUGUGCUCUUCCAUGAUGUCCUGUAGAGCUGAUGUGGUUAGAGAGACAGAAGGGGAAGGAGAUUACUAAUAUUAGUCAAUAUUAGUUGCUGACGCCACAUUGUUCACUCAGAAGAGAACGACAGUAACGUUUGUCACGCAGAGAUUGGUCUUUUAUUUUAGUGAAACGCUUGUCAAAGUUGAUCAUGUGGGACGUUCUGCUGCUCUUUUCCAGCAUCUGUACAGCUGUUGUUGUAGGAGCUCCAGAUACAGUUACAGGACACAGAGGAGAGAGAGUUGAGAUCAGAUGCCCAUAUGAACCUGGAUAUGAAUCAAAUGUAAAGUAUUUUUGUAAAGGCGAGUGCAUCAUUGGAUUUACAAACAUCAUGGUUGAAUCAGGAUCUCCAGGUAAAGACGAAAGAUUCUCUCUGACUGACGACACGACCAACAGAGUUUUCACCGUCACCAUCACUGAUCUGAGAACAGAGGAUGAAGGACAAUACUGGUGUGGUGUGGAGAAGACAGGUCCUGAUGUCUUAUCAGAGAUUAUGUUGCUGGUUAAAUAUGCUGUUGUUGUAGGAGCUCCAGAUACAGUUACAGGACACAGAGGAGAGAGAGUUGAGAUCAGAUGCCCAUAUGAACCUGGAUAUGAAUCAAAUGUAAAGUAUUUUUGUAAAGGCGAGUGUAUCUUUGGAAAUAGAAACUUCAUGGUUAAAUCAGGAUCUCCAGCUAAAGACGAGAGAUUCUCUCUGACUGACGACACGACCAACAGAGUUUUCACCGUCACCAUCACUGAUCUGAGAACAGAGGAUGAAGGACAAUACUGGUGUGGUGUGGAGAAGACAGGUCCUGAUGUCUUAUCAGAGAUUAUGUUGCUGGUUAAAUAUGCUGUUGUUGUAGGAGCUCCAGAUACAGUUACAGGACACAGAGGAGAGAGAGUUGAGAUCAGAUGCUCAUAUCAAUCUGGAUAUGAAUUCAAUUCAAAGUAUUUUUGUAAAGGGCAGUGUCAGUACAUUGGAAAUAAAGACAUCAUGGUUAAAUCAGGAUUUCCAGCUAAAGACGAGAGAUUCUCUCUGACUGACGACAAGAAGAACAGAGUUUUCACCGUCACCAUCACUGAUCUGAGAACAGAGGAUGAAGGACAAUACUGGUGUGCUGUAAGGAGGACUUUAACUGAUGUCUUCUCAGAGAUUAUAUUGCUGGUUAAACAGAAAGAAAAGGCCACUGAAGUUUCAACGAUCAGCUCAUUUUCAGUCAGGAGUGAAUCAGAAAUGAAUCCGUCCAGCAGAAUCACAGACCAUCGGAUCUCCUCGACAGAACAGGAAGUGAAAGAUUCAGUUGGGAUUAACACUGCAGAGGCUUUGGUUUAUACUGAUUAUAGAGUCUGUAUGAAAGAAAAAGAAGAAUAAAGGUCUGCUGGAAGAGUUUAAUCCAGUGUUUUAUGAACAGAUCAAAGACACUGGACAUCACUGUGAUCCAGAGGACAGCGACACAGAAACAACUAAUAUAAUAUAAUAUAAUAUUAUAUUAUAUUAUAUUAUAUUAUAAGCACAUUAAAAACCAAGAAAACCAUCUUCAUCCUUCUUGUUAUUAAUUAUAUAUUAUUUUAUUGAAUAUUAGCAUAUAUUACCAUGCUAAUAAAUCAUAAUCAAGCUUGUUUUGUCUGUUUUUUUUAUUGUGAAUAUCAUUGUUGCUGCAGUUUUACAGUCAAUCCUGAUAUAUUUACAGUAGAUGUUCACAAAUAUGGAUCAUAUAAAUGUAUUAUUUUUUAAAGUGGAAUAUAUCUCAUCAUGAAGAUACUUUCAUUCUGGAGUUUAAUGGACAAAUUAGCUGUUGUUCUUGUUAUUAUUAGUAUGUCUGUAGUUAUUAUUGUGUAUAUCGUCACAUUUAGUCUGUUUUGGUUUUCAAACACUUUUGUGUCCUACGUUUCUGCUCAUCAUUUAUUAUUUAAUCAGAGCACAUCUUUUUUCAUUUGAGUUCAUUAUCUUGUGUAUUUAAGCCCUUCAGUUCUCUGUGUUGUUUGUGUUUUAGUACACACUGUCACAUGAUAUCUCUUUUGUUCUGAGUUAUUAAAGCUUUGCUGUUAUUUGAA